AUGUUGUUCAAGUACCUUAUGGCUCUCAUUGCCCUUGCUGCUUCCGUGGCCUGUUACCCUCCCUCAUACGGUGGCGACCAAUCCCCAAGCACUAGACCCGACUACAACAACCCAAGCACUAGACCUGACUACAACAACCCAAGCACUAGACCCGACUACAACAACAACGGCGUCGACUUCAGCGGCUGCUUGGACAAGAUCAGACAAGUCAAAGGGCCCCUUGUCGCGUCUUGCCAGAGACAGUCCAUCCGAGAUGCCAACUCCAAGUUAGACGGCCUCUACGAGCCUAUCCACAGCUUGUCCACCAAGUUACACGUCUCCAUCAGAAGUGACAGCAGCGUCGCGUUCAAAUCCACCAGAUCGCUUGUCUCCCUCUUCAACAACUUCCAAGGUAUCGUCGACACUAUCGGCAAAUACCCGCGAGUCUUCCGUCGCUCUGAGGCACAAGAGACCAUCUUCGAGUUUAACUCUCAAUUCGAGGCCAUCCUCAACGACUACUCGUCUGCCGGUGUCAACGUGCAACAAGUUUUCAGCCAAUCCACCAACGUCCGAUUUGAAAGCUGGCAACAAGUCGGUUUCACUUUCCCCGAGAAAUUCGGCUUCUACGGUGACAAGUGA